CUCUACUUUGAAGAGUCAACGAUCAGGAUGAUUUCGGAAUUCGGAGCUGCAAGUUUGAAGCUGAGGGGAGAAAUAUGAGUACUUUGAACUCCUUCCGGUCACAAUGGCUACAGUUUCAAGGUUACCAAGCGGAUCAACCAUACCGGCCGGUGGCGCAAUGCAGAUACCUGGAUCCUUGCAGCCCUAACCUUGUCCCUCUUAACACGAAAUUGCAUUCAGUUUCUGUGAAGAAUCGCGAUUCGUUGCGUAUCUCCGGGAGCCCGCCUCAAGGUUCUGUUGGAUUUAGGGGGAAAGAAGACGUAUUGGUAGAUGUUACCAUGGCGAAUAGCUUAAUUAAGAAUUACGCGGAUGACGGGAUGUUUGUCGAUGCCAUCAGAGUGUAUCUGGAUUUGCUUGAAAGUGGGUUCCCAGUUCAGGAGUUUCAGUUCUUCCCCUGUUUGAUCAAGGCGUUUGGUGGGCUGGGUAGUGUUGAGAAAGGGGAGGAAAUUCAUGGGCAUUUGUUGAAAUUUGGAUUCUUGGAGGAUACUUAUGUUAGUAAUUCGCUGUUGGGGAUGUAUUGGAAAUGUGGGGCGGUCGAGCAUGCAGAUAAAAUGUUUGAUGAAAUGCCGCAACGGGAUGCCAUUUCCUGGAAUACGAUGAUAUCCGGGUUUUCUCGCUUAGGAUACUACACGGAAUCCUUGACUCUUCUCGCCAGAAUGAUUGGAGAGUAUGGUGCUGUGUUCGAGAACAGGGUAGCUUGUCUUUCUGCUUUGUCAUCGUGUGCUUCCACGCAAUCCUUGACACACGGGAGAGCUAUUCAUGGAUGCAUUGUGAAGAACAAGUUUGAUUCAGAUGAAUACUUGGUUAGUGGUUUGAUUGAUAUGUAUAUGAAAUGUGGGGACGUAAAGAAUGCUGAACGUGUUCUCACUAGAAUUCUUGACGACAAUAUUGUGAGAGGAAACAAAGUGAUCUGGAAUGUGAUGAUCACUGGAUAUGUUUCAAAUGAAUGUCCCUCUCUCGCAUUGAGUUUAUUCCUUGAAAUGCUUGAAUCUGGUAUUGGUCCUGAUUCCUCAACAGUGGUUGCUGUUUUAGUUUUGUGUUCUCAGUUGUUAGAUAUAGCACUUGGAAAGCAAAUUCAUGGACUUGUUUUUAGCCUUGCACUGGAAAACGAUGUCAGAGUUCAAACCGCCCUCAUCGAGAUGUAUUUCAAUUGUUCAUCCUCUGAAACUGGCUUGAAGAUAUUUAGGCAGUCUCCAAACAAGAAUCUUAUUAUGUGGGGCUCUGUGAUCUCAAACUGCGCUCAGAAUGGCUAUCCAAAUGAGUCCUUUCAGUUGUUUGAAGACUUCAUGAUACUAAACGGCUUUCCAGAUUUAGUCAUCCUUUUGGCAGCAUUGAGGGCUUGCUCAUCCCUGGCAUUGAAGCGUAGUGGGGUGGAACUCCAUGGCAUGGCAGUAAAACUGGGGUUGACAUUGGAUGCUUUUGUAGGUGGUGCACUGGUUGAUCUCUAUGGGAAAUGCGGAGACAUGAAUUCAGCUGAAAAAGUCUUCGACGGAUUAGCCACCAAGGAUUUGGUGUCAUGGAAUGCUCUAAUUUCUGGCUUUGCUCAAAAUGAAUAUCCAGAGAAAGCUCUUAAGGCAUUCCGUGAUAUGCAGAGUCAGCAUUUGGAACCAAACUCUGUGACGGUUGCAUGCAUUCUGUCUGUCUGCAUGCACCUUGCAGUUAUGAUCCUCUGCAAGCAGGUUCACUGCUAUAUACUGCGACAUGGGUUUCUGAUCAACAAUAUUCUCAUCGGCAAUUCCUUGAUUAGUGCAUAUGCCAAAUGUGGCAAUAUGAGUGACUCAUUGACAAUAUUUAACCAAAUGUCUGAUAGAAAUGAGGUGACGUGGAAUUCUAUCAUACUGGGUUUUGGGAUGCAUGGAAGAAGACAGGAAAUGUUUCAGAUGUUCGAAAGAAUGAAAGAGACAACAGAGGUAAAGGCUGACCAUGCUACUUUCACUGCUCUCCUCUCUGCCUGCAGCCAUGGAGGAGAAGUUGCAAUGGGGUGGAAGUACUUCAACAGCAUGACUCAGGACUAUAACCUGGAGCCUAGAGUUGAGCAUUACACUUGCAUGGUUGAUCUUUUAGGUCGAGCUGGAAAUCUUAAUCAGGCAUAUGAUCUAAUCAAGGAAAUGCCUUGUUCACCAGAUGAUCGAAUUUGGGGUUCGCUUCUUGGAUCUUGUAAAAAUCAUGGCAAUGUUGGGUUAGCAAGAGUUGUGGCAAGUCACAUCUUUGAGCUUGAUCCUACAAGUAUUGGAUACCGAACACUGCUUUCUAAUCUGUACGAAGAAUCUGGGAGAUGGAAUGAAGUUAGUCAGGUGAGAACAGAGAUUAGAGAUACAGGAGUUAGAAAACAGCCCGGGUGCAGCUGGAUAGAAGUUGAUAAUAACAUUCAUACGUUUACGGCUGCUGAUUGCUCCCACCCUCUGUGUGAGGAGAUCUAUGCUACUCUUGAGAGUUUGAGUGUAGAGAUCAAAGAGGAAGGGUAUGUUCCUCUUUCACAAUCAACAGCUGUAGGUUCUCAUACGAAGGAUUGAGAUGUUUUGCUAAUAUUAGGUGCUAGGAUAUGGGCUGUUGUCAUCAAACGUCACUAGCUAGUGGCUUCUACUUGUGAGGGCAGCAGAUUGGAUUUAGAGGCAGAUCUUGGAACUUUUGUAAUUGAACAAAGCCUGGUCAACAAACUAGAUGUAAGUGUGUUUAUGCCAUUAACUGCAAUCUCUGGUUCUCGCUCGGUCUUUUUCUCUUUAAGUGACUAUUUACCCUUUUCAACUUUAUUCCAAUUUUCAGGCAAACUUAUGUGGGAAUGGAAUGAAAACAAUCUGCUGAGAAUGCAACAAUUGAAGCUUUCAUCCCGGAUCCAAAUACGCUAAAGGUCGGUGGUCUUAUCUGGGGAGGGAGAUAGAUGAAAUGCAGUACACAUAAGAGCAAGUGUUUGUAUUACAUGACUUUCUUAUCACUGAAUCCUACAUUGCUUGGAUAAGUAAGUAGGUAUGGUGCUUGGAUAAUGUUUUGGACUAUGAUACACCGACAAAGUUGGCAAACUGUUUUAUGUCAUGUUGAAAAAACUUAAACUCGUACCAACCACUUGCAGUGCGUGGCUGCUAGAUAUUCACAACGAGAAUCGAGGGCCAAGGUUAGCCAUUAUCGUGAAGCUUACCAAAGGACGGGAACUUCUAGCUGCUUUUGGUACGUACCUCUAAUCUAACUUUCGAAACGCAUGACCUCUGUCGAAAAACGUGACAGGAAAAUCUAUCUCGUGGUUCAGCAUGGUCGGUGUAGCCUGGAUUCGUAUGAUGCUGAACAAUUGCAGCAGAUGUAAAGGUCUGUUCUGUUGAUUAUUCUGAUCUGUUUGUUCCCAUGUGCUUUGGCGAAGGUUAUUAUUGCAAGUACUCUGGACAGCAACAAUGGAUGGCAUGCAGCCUGGCAGCAAACCUCUAAAGACAUGGAGGGCAAAGCUGCCCACAACAAAAGAGGAGCUUGAAGAAGGCAUCCAACCUGUUUCAGGACACUAAAGUUAUCUUCAGAAUUUGUUGCAGUACUGGCAGCCCCCACCCACGCUCCACCAAUAAAUGCCUUUUCUUUUUUCCCAGCAGAAGAGAAAGGCUGUCAAAGAUGGUGUCUUUAAAUAACUACUCAACCUACCCUUUCUCCAGAGGGUGGCCCCAAAGAUCUACUCUUCGGUCCCAAACUAAUAUGCACCGCCACUUUCCUUACAAGUUCAUUGGGGUUCAGUUGGCCGCCAUUGUUAGGACAACUGAUGAUCAUAACUGAAGCACCCCCUACAGCCCAUUGAGUGAAAGCUCAGUUUUUGUAAUGUGAAGGGAAAGUAAAGCAAAGCUGAGAGGCUGCCGACAUCUUUGUAAAUUCUUGUACUCUGUUCAUCACUUGGCUUAACUUUACAGGUAAGAGAAUGUUCAGUAUAUAAAGAUUGGCCAAUUGAUUCCCGACCAAGUGUCCUUUUGAGGUGGAAUCAGAUGUAAUUUCACCAAUCAAGUUAGUUUAAACUAUUGAAGAAAUCAUUAUGCAAUAG